UCAAAUUCAAAAAAUGACUACUGCUCCAAAAUACAACUGCGUUCUACUUUCUAUAUGUGUGUUCAUGAUUCUGAGCAUGUUCAUAAUCAUAACAACAAAAGCAACACCAACUUACAUGGCUUCUAACUGCACAAACACUUCUGCACCCAACACCAUUGUGGAUGACUUCUUCUUUCGUUUCUCCCGCCGCUAUCAUCGGUUUCUCCCGCCGCUAAAGAAAUUAGUAAAAAGUAAAGUGAUGUUGGAAACAGAGAGCGGCUUUGCUCCAUUUCUAUUAGGAAUUGAAUGCACACGAAUUCUAAGAAGAGAGGGAUUUGCUAGAUGGACGAAAAAUAGCCGUAAAAAAACUUUCAAAAGAUUCAGGACAAGGCACGAUACAAUUCAAAAAUGAGAUCGUGCUAAUAGCAAAACUGCAACAUAGAAAUUUGGUAACCUUGUAUGGAUUUUGCUCUGAAGAUCAAGAGAAAAUGCUUGUGUAUGAAUAUGUAGCUAAUAAAAGUCUAGAUUACUUCUUAUUUGAUCGUCAUACGAGAGUUUUGAGUUGGCAAGAAAGAUAUAGAAUCAUACGCGGAAUUGCCCGAGGAAUUCAUUACUUACAUGACCAAUCAAGACUUAAAGUCAUACAUCGUGAUCUCAAACCUAUAGCAAUAUAUUGUUAGAUGAGAUGAUGAAUCCAAAGAUAUCUGACUUUGGAAUCGCAAAAAUGAUUGAUAUAAAUCAACAUCAAGGAAAUACAGAGAGGAUUGUCGGAACUUAUGGUUAUAUGUCUCUCGAAUAUGUAAUGCAUGGACACUAUUCAGAAAAAUCCGAUGUGUUUAGCUUUGGAGUCAUAAUUUUAGAGAUAAUUAGUUCAAAGCGGAAUGCACGGAGUCUUGGUUCACUAGAUUUCAAUGACCUCUUAAGUUAUGCCUGGAAAAAUUGGAGGGAUAAAAAAGAGCUACAAGUAUUGGACUCUAAUAUUGUAGAAAAGUCAUUUUGUUACAGUGAAGUAAUAAAAUGCAUUCAAAUUGGUUUGUUAUGUGUGCAACAAAAUCCAGAUGAUAGACUAACAAUAGAAAGAGUUGUCUCGUAUCUGAGUAGUGCAUCAGUGGAGUUACCAUUGCCUCAAGAGCCUGCAAGAUUCAUGGCUAAUGGAACAGAUCCAAGCAUGAUACCGAGGGUUAAUUCCUCGGUCGAUGAUAUGACAAUGAGUCUUACUUUUCCUCGAUAGUGGUAGUAAGAGUUUAACAUUAUAA